AUUAUGUUUCGUACUUCGUGUUAUUGCUGCUAUGUCGCCCAUGUCGCCUUUUUACAAGUGUCAACUACAAGUUGAACAUAAAAUAAAAACUUGAAAGCAUUGAAUGCUGAUAAGACUUGUUUAAAUCGAUGUCAUUUAAUUGUGAAUCGAUAACGUGAUACUUAAAUUAAAAUCCGUUUGCGGAAACGUUACGCGAAUCGGCUUAGUUAUCGUCAAUUUGGUUAAAUUUCAAUUCGCGGUACUUCGCAGGGAGAUAAACGGACUUCUCCCCGUCAACAUUUCGACCAAUCAAAGCAACGUCGACAAAAGGAACAACAAUUUCAACCAAUCGCAUUCAUUCAUUUUCAUCAAAUUUCGGUCGAAGCAUGCUCAGUUGAUUUCUUUAGGGAGAACGCGACUUUCUUCCAUUAUAAACAGAACGCCAUUUUUAUCGUUUGAAAGAAAUUUCAAUUUAAUCGUAAUCUAAACCGGCAUUUAAUCAAAAUAUAAAGCAAUGAGUGAUUACAAUCAAGACGCAUUAGCUGUGGCACAGUUGGAAAUGCAAGGAAAUUUACGGCGACCAUUCGAUCCAACGAGUCAUGAUUUAGAGCCAACUUUUCGACUCACCCGUUUUGCCGAUUUGAAGGGACGUGGUUGCAAGGUGCCACAAGAAGUACUAGGCAAGCUGGUUUCAUCAUUGCAACAGGAUUACACAGCUCAGGAUGAACAUUCUCAAUUUAUGCACAUGGCCGUUCCGCGUAUUGGUAUCGGUCUCGAUUGUUCGGUGACGCCACUUCGUCAUGGUGGUUUAUGUUUGGUGCAGACUACGGACUUCUUCUAUCCCAUUGUUGACGAUCCUUACAUGAUGGGAAAAAUUGCUUGCGCUAAUGUACUAAGCGACUUAUAUGCCAUGGGUGUUAUGGACUGCGACAAUAUGCUCAUGUUGCUAGCGAUUAGCACUAAAAUGACUGAAAAAGAAAGAGACGUUGUGAUUCCAUUGAUAAUGCGAGGGUUCAAGGAUUCGGCAUUGGAAGCUGGAACAUCUGUCACCGGCGGACAAAGUGUGGUUAAUCCCUGGUGUACCAUUGGUGGAAUCGCGUCAACGAUUUGCCAACCCAAUGAAUAUAUUGUGCCAGACAAUGCUGUCGUUGGAGAUGUGCUCGUUCUGACCAAGCCACUCGGCACACAAGUUGCAGUUAACGCACAUCAGUGGUUGGAUCAACCGGAACGCUGGAAUCGGAUUAAGUUAGUUGUGUCCGAGGAGGACGUUCGCAAGGCCUAUCAUCGCGCAAUGGACUCAAUGGCACGAUUGAAUCGUACCGCUGCCAGAUUAAUGCAUAAAUACAAUGCGCAUGGUUCGACCGAUGUUACCGGUUUCGGACUGCUGGGCCAUGCACAAACACUUGCAUCACACCAGAAAAAUGAAGUCUCAUUCGUCAUUCAUAAUUUGCCGGUUAUCGCAAAAAUGGCAGCUGUGGCCAAGGCUUGCGGAAACAUGUUCCAGCUGCUGCAAGGUCAUUCAGCCGAAACAUCCGGAGGAUUGUUGAUUUGCUUGCCACGUGAACAGGCAGCAGCUUACUGUAAAGACAUUGAAAAGCAGGAAGGCUAUCAGGCUUGGAUUAUCGGAAUCGUCGAGAAGGGCAAUCGGACUGCUCGCAUUAUUGACAAACCUCGUGUAAUAGAAGUUCCAGCUAAGGAAUAAUUUGAAACAAACAAUGGGGAAAAAAAGAAGAAUUCAUUAAGGAAUACUGUAUAACAACUUCUAUGUUUUUCGUCUCUUAAGCACAGUAUUUUUUAAUAAACGGAUAUCACUUUA